CAAAGAUCUUUCCUUUUGGGAAUUGAGAAACUUCGAGGUUCCUUCCAUAAAGGUGCCAUUUCAUUCAACAUUUUUAAAACAAUAUCACUCUCUUAAACUCUGCCGUCAGGCUUAAUCAUUAUCAAAAACAGCUUUCGCCACCUCUCCCCUCAAUUUCCAAUUUGCAAAUUUUUCAAUCUUGUCCCUAAAUUCCCAGAACCAAUUUUCUCAAUCUCCAAAUUUCAAGUUUCUCAAAUUUUUUUUUUCGAUUUCAUCCAUCGGCAUAUCUGCCUCUUGAUCAAAUAUCCUAAUUCUUUACUGUUUUCGAGGCUUCUCUCAAAUUAGGGUUCUUAAGUUUUGAUCCAAAUUAACGACAAUUCGAUCAAUAAAACCCUAAUUCGUAUCCUAGCAAUUUUCGAUUCCAAUCAAAAUAGGAAAUUCCCAAUUCUUCAGUUUCUAAAUAAACUUACCUUCAAAAAUCUCGCUUCCCCUUCGCAAAAACCCCUCCUAGUUUCGAUUCCCAAUUAACCCAAAAGAACUGUAAAAUUUCACCGAUUUCUCAUUUCAAUUUCCUUUUCUACCAAAAUAACAAUACCCAGAUCUUCAAAAUCCCAAAUUUACCCUUCCAUAGUUGAUGGGCACAAUUAGCUUCCACAGACAACUCCCAAAACCCUCAACUUCUUUUCCUUGUUCAUCUUCUUCAACCUCUUCGACAUCUCGAACCGAGACGGUGAAUGGGUCUCACCAGUUCAAGAUCAGCGGUUACUCCCUUGCAAAGGGCAUGGGGGUGGGCAAAUACAUAGCUUCAGAGACUUUUAUGGUGGGUGGCUAUGAAUGGGCCAUUUAUUUUUACCCGGAUGGCAAGAGUGCUGAGGAUAAUGCUUCUUACGUUUCGCUUUUUAUUGCUCUGGCAAGUGAAGGAACGGACGUAAGGGCCCUUUUUGAGUUGACCCUUUUGGACCAGAGUGGGAAAGGUCGUCACAAAAUGCAUAGCCAUUUCGGGAGGGUGCUUGAGAGCGGGCCUUACGCACUUAAGUAUCGUGGGAGCAUGUGGGGUUAUAAACGCUUUUUCAAAAGAACUCUUCUGGAGACAUCAGACUACCUUAAAGAUGAUUGCCUCUCAAUUCGCUGUUGUGUUGGUGUAGUUAAGUCACAUACAGAGGGACCUAAAAUUUAUUCCAUUGUGGUACCACCUUCUGAUCUUGGUCAGCAUUUUGGGAGGCUAUUAGAAAGUGGAAAGGGAGCUGAUGUGAAGUUUGAAGUUGAUGGGGAAAUAUUUGAUGCUCACAAGUUGGUUCUGGCAGCUCGUUCACCUGUAUUCAGGGCACAAUUUUUUGGUCCAUUGAAGGAUAGAAACAGCCAGUGCAUUAGAGUAGAAGAUAUGGAAGCCCCUGUUUUUAAGGUUCCCUUCUCUACAGGAGCAUACAUUGGGAUUCUUCUCCUAAGGUGCUGCUCCUGUACACAGUUCUUCCUAACCUCAGCUAAGACAUUACUACAUUUUAUUUACUGGGAUGCCCUACCAGACAUGGAAGAACUUGUGGGUUCAGCCUCUAAAUGGGCUUCUACACUUGUGGCUCAGCAUCUGCUUGCUGCUGCUGACCGUUAUGCACUUGAGAGAUUGAGAUUGCUCUGCGAGGCUAAACUUUGUGAGGGUGUUGCAAUAAACACAGUAGCAACUACAUUAGCCUUGGCAGAACAACACAACUGUUUGCAUUUGAAAGCUGUAUGUCUAAAAUUUGUUGCAUCACCGGAAAAUUUGAAAGCUGUGAUGCAAACAGAUGGAUUUGAGUAUGUGAAGGAAUGCUGUCCGAGUGUUCUUACUCAACUGCUACAAUAUGUCGCGAAACUAGGGGAGCAUUCUGUUAUUGCUUGUGGAUAUCAUAAAGAAACAUGGUUAGAUGGCAGUGAUGUUAAUGGCCGGCGGGUGAAACCAAGACUACAGUGAUUUAGGGAAUAACAUAUAGCCCAGCCUCUGCUCAGUAUGAAAACUAAUAGAAGUAAAGCUAGAAUAUAGCGUUAGGCGUUUUUGGGGUUUUUCUAACAUUGAUGAAUUACAUGAAAAAUUUAUGUUCAAUGGCUCUGUGUUUUUUUGAGUUUGUACAGGCCUAGAUGUGGUCACAAUUCAUGCUUUUAUGCAGAUUCAGAUCUUUGUGGAGUAAGCCUAUGGUAUAUAACUCUUUGUC